AUGGCAUUACUUAGUGCAUGUCGAACACAUAAACAAGAUAAGAAAGCAAAAGAAAUUUAUGAUAAAAUAACUGAUAUGAAAAACAUAAGUAAUGAUUAUUUGGCAUUUGUCAAUGAUGUAACGGGAAACACACAUGCAUCAGCAGGUAAAUUACAACAAGAGUUAAUUGAUUAUGGCCAUAAAUAUGACUUUAGUUUAAUAAUACGCCGUGUUAAAACAGAAGAUGGUGAAACACCUUUACCUGUUAUAAUGGGACAUAGUGAAAAACUGACUAUAGCUUAUGGUCUUAUAUCAACUAACCAUUAUUUGUAG